GCUGCCGCAUCAAGACGAGGCGGCGCAAGUGCCCCGAGUGCACAAGGAGGGAAGGCACCAUACGUCACCUGCAAGGCGGCUGGCAAGUCAGCCACAACUCCAUCCAUGCCCAAGCGAAGGUUCUGCAUCAACUGUGGAAGUCAGCAGCUGCCACAUGCAAAAUUCUGCUCCGAAUGUGGAAGCCGACAGCGAGGACUUUCGAAGGGAACUUGCCUGUUUGCCAGAUUCUGCUGUAGGUGCCAAGCUACCGAAAGGCACGUUCCUUCCACAAGCCGCUGAUGUCCACUCGCGUCAGGCGGAAGUGGUGGAGCCGGACCCAAGCCAUCCCAGCCUUGCGGAGCUGCGGGCUGAGGCGUUGGCUGGGCCGCCAAAGGAGCGAGGCAUUGGAGCCUACAUCCGCAGUGUGGAGGGCGAGCUUUGGGGCCGUGUUGUUGCCGACACGGGGCGCACCUGGAAGUUGGCAUCGGGGCGGUCUGCCAAGAAAGAGAACGAGGGCCGGGCCUGGAACUUUGAUCCGGAUCCUGGACGUCGAGAUCAGCCCAGGUCUGCUCCUUCCAGGAGGGCGGAUGAGGCUAUGUGCAGCGCUGGAAGGCAGACAUCCGUCCUGGAUGCGCUGGCAGAGAAAAAGCGCCACGAUGAGGAGGCCUUGGCUGCCAAGCGCGAGGCGGCACGGCAGAGGCGAAGGGCGCAGGACCAACCUGCAGCAGAGCGACGGGUUGACCCCGACGACAACAAAGCGUACACUUGGGACGAGCUGAGGCAACGUUACCUUGGCAUGUUCUCAGAUGUAGAGCUGAAGGAAUAUUGGGAGAAGGACUGCAAACCUGCACGUCCAGCGGCUGGCGCUCCGAAGCGCCAUGAUGUUCCAGAGCGUGUUUCUCGCAAGGCGGCAGAGCGCCGCCGCGAUCCAGACGACGGGCACGGGUACAGUUUUGACGAGCUGUUGAAGAAGUACCGCGCAGCCUUUUCGUUGGCAGAGAUCGAAGAGUACUGGUUGGAGGAGUGCCAGCCGUGCUCGUGA